AUGCCGCUACCGCCUAUAGCACCGUUUCCGCCGAGCUUUCUACGCAGAGACAUUGCCCCCAGCGAAUGGGAAUCAUGUCUUGAUGCAUGGGUUCUAUUGAUUCAAUUACGAUUGCAUUUGUCUGCGGAACGGUCUUCUUCUGAAUCCGCAAACGACGAUUCAUUACAUGCAUUUCUUUCUUCCUAUGUUCAUGAGUCUUCACGUGCAUUUCCCGGCGAUGUGCAGUUUUCUGGAGUAAAAGCAAAAGUUUUACGGCGCGAAUGUUUUCUGUUAAUACAUCGACUUCUUUCAGAGGCUAGUCCGCCUCCAGCACCACUGCUAGGAUGGAAAUUCCUGGUGGAUCUGAGCCGGGUAUAUGGUAAAAGCGCCAGCCUGCGAAAAUUGCUGGGUUCGGUAUGGACCCAGCACCAGAGUACUCUGGUACGUGGAUUGCAAAAGUCCAAAGCUUCUCUUAUAGGCGGACUAGAAGAUGGUCACGCGAAUGAGCUCGAGGAUGAGCUUGCGAGGCUUGGGCCGCUGUUUUCUGCAUCUCGGGAUAUAGCUACUUUUUUCAUGACUGGGUCGGAUUUUCUUGACGCGCUAUGCAUUGGCUAUGCGCGUGCUUCUGACAUGGUUCAGCUGAGAAUUCUCGCAGCAACGUAUCUUGGAUUAAUAUCUUUGAUUGAUGGGGAGAAGCCGAAUUUUUCAGCAUUAUUUGAUCAUUUAUAUACCUUAAAACGGACGGCAGAGAGUGCUCAAAAGAAGGGCUCUUUGCAGUCAAAGAGCCUGGUGGUGGACCUCGUCACGAAUACACCGCUCCUACGUCACCUCGAGGAGCGUGCGACCGGAUCGGAAAGUGCUCGAGCAAAGUCUAUAGUAACCGCCCUGCAGGCUUUCCAUGAUGCGAACGCGCGCAGGAAACGGCCUAUACGACGGAAAGUCAGUAAAGGCAAGGGCAAAGCUGCUCGUGAUCCUGCAGAUGCAGCUCUCGAGGAUAUCCAUAUCCACCGGAUGAGCUUGGUCACGCAGAUUCAGGACUUGUUUCCAGAUCUAGGAAGCGGGUUCAUUGUGAGACUCCUCGACGAGUACGGCGAUGAUGUCGAGCAAGUCACUGCGCAUCUGCUCGACGACUCUCUGCCCGCGCAUCUUCGCCAAGCCGAUCGUUCAGAAGAUCUUCCUUCUGCAGCCCAGGACCAACCAGAGCAACCUCCCAAUCUUGCAUCUCACCUUGUUCCCCGCUCUACACCUCCGCCCACUUCUUCUAUUCCUUCAAGACGCAACGUCUACGAUGACGACGAAUUCGACCGUCUCGCCAUCGACACUUCCAAACUGCACGUAGGCAGACGCGAUGCCAAUCUUACAGCCGACCACCUCCUUUCAUCCCGGCAGAACGCGCCAAACAAAGCAGCCAUCAUUUCAGCCCUGUCUGCAUUCGACGCCGACGACGACGAACGCGACGAUACAUAUGAUCUCGAAGACGUCGGCGGCACCGUUGAUUCCACGACCGACUAUGACGGAGACCGCGCACGGAAACAGCAAGGAGCAGGAAAAGACGCCGCCGCAGCAGCGGAAGCUGAUCGCAUCGACCGCGCAUUGUUCUCCGUGUAUACUACCUUACCAAACACAUUCAACCGCGAUGCCGCUACCCGACGGAGUCAGCCCCGGCAAUCCUUGCGCCGAGAAACCGGCCUCACGGACGAAGCUAUUGAGGGAUGGGCAGUCAUGCUUGGACGUGAACCGAAACGGCUCCGCAAGAUGGAAGAGAAAUUCAAGCUCUUUGGUGCCGGUGGAGCUGGAGCUGGAGCUUUGCAGCAGCCUGAAUUGCCGUCUACGAAGUACAAAGGCGUUUCUUCAGCCGAAGACAAUGACGAAGAUGACUAUAGUUCCGGACCUGGUUCCCGUUCAGACACUGGUCCGUCUCGUGGCGGAAGAGGCAGAGGGGGAGGAGGAGCGGGUAGAGGACGAGGCGCACCCCGCGGAAGAGGUCGAGGCGGCGGAGCAGGAGGGCCAGGAGGACCAGGAGACAAAUCCAAUCUCACAGGCCCAUCCGGCGAUAAAAACACGCAAAUAUCCCGCCAGCGCAAAGAAAGCAGCAAGAGCUCUCGCGCAAAUCAUAACCGACGAGACCAGCGCGCGAAAAAGAUGGCAAGGGGCGGGAUGUUGCCUUCAUAG